CAUAUAAAUUAUAAAUCCAUGAACUGACUAAAAAGACUCAUCGUUGCUUUUUGUGAAGUGUUAAACCAAAUGAUCACGGAUAUAAAUUAGAAUAAUUGCGACACAGAUCUACCAGCAAUUUCGACCGUUGCAACAAAGCCAUGAUUCAAAAAGUUUGCUUUUUUAAUCUUACCGUUGGCUCCUAGCAACUGCAAAUCCUUAAGAUCAACAUCUCCUUCUUAAUUCUUACCCAGUUAUUGAAUUUUCUGAAACUAUCGUUCUUGAUCUUAAAAGCUCAACAAAAAUGGCAGCUUUGGCACCUGGAAUUCUUCAAAAGCUAAUCCAAGGUAUGAAAACAGGAAUUAAACCAACUAGAGAGCACCGAAGCUCUAUGUUACAGGUCACAGAUAUCGUUCCCAUUGAUCUCGACGAGAAGUCUCUGGAGCCGAAACAAGGGUUUCUCAUCAAAAUCUCUGAUUCCUCUCACUCGAUCUACGUCUCUCUCCCUUCGGAUCAAGACGACGUCGUUCUCAGCAAUAAGUUGCAGUUGGGUCAGUUUAUCUACGUUGAUCGGCUCGAACCUGGAUCCCCUGUUCCUGUCAUUAAAGGGGCAAAACCCAUACCUGGCCGGCACCCCUUGCUUGGGACGCCGGAGACAUUGGUGGUUCCGAAAGAAAGAACUGAUCAAGAGAUUGGGUCGAAGCCUAGAAGAGGAUCUUGGGGACAAAACGUCGACUUUUCUUCGUCUCCGUUUGUUGUGAAACCAAUGGCGUUGGAGUUUGACCAUUCCACGCCGGCGAAGAGGUCUGUUUCAGCUAGAUUUGCAGCGUCUCCGAUCAGAAGAGGUGGAGUGAGAUGCUCUUUUGGUGGAGGGGUUUUGGGGAAAUUGGAAGGAGAGAGUCCGGCGACGGCGAUGCUAAGGAAGAGUUGUUUUGUUUCGUCGGCUUCGAAGUUUCCGAGAAGUAGAAGUGUUUGUGACAGACAGGCCAAAAAGAACAAUGCUUCUCUUUUUAGUCCCUUCAAAUCCUCUCUAGAGGCUCAAGAAGAUGUUGUUCCCUUGUCUACCUCGAAGAAGAUAAAACCCGAGAAAGAUACCAAUUUAUCAGGAAGGCUCAACAUACUAAGCAAGGAAGCAACUCAGCUUCGGGAGGUAGCUCAGAAAGUUGCCCUUCAGGCAUUGCGAGAAGCUACAAUCACGGAAAUUGUUGUUCGUCAUACCAAGACGUUCACCAAUCUGAGUAAAUCAGCAAAAGCUGAUUGCCCUGCGGUGUGCUUUGAGAAGUUCAUGGAGUUUCACCAGCAGAUGGCACAAACCAUUGGCGAACUCACUUCCAUUGAAGUAGCUGCUACUCCAGAUGCUGAGAACAAGUCACAGAACAUAAACGCAAGAACCGAAAAUCAGAAACCAACAGAAGAAGGGUCUUCUUCGAUCCUGCAUGAAAUCGCUUAUAAUUCUAUUGAUCAGGAGAAAAGGAGAUCAAAGAGACGGAUUGUCCUGAAGCAGCAGAGCGAAGGGAAGACAGUGAGAUCAAAUGAUGAGAACAAGAACCCAGCUUCUGGCGGUAUAAGCAACACGAUUAGGUUAGCAAAGGAGAUCGAGGAUGAAGCUGCAAACUGGUUCAUGGAGUUCAUCGAAAUAGCUCUGGAGAAAGGUAUGAAGAAAUCUAGAGGCCCUGAUGAUGCAGACGUUAAGAAGGUUCCGCAAUCUCUGAUUCUCGGGGUUUUAAACUGGAUUGAAGUCGAACAGUCUGAUAGCAACAACAACAAGAGACGCAGAGUCCAUCCAAAAGCAUCAAAGAUCACUAGAAAGCUCAGAAUUAAACUGAAGAAUCCUUGAACCACUUACAAUGAGAAACACUGAAUACACGUUGUAGCCUUUUACAGCUUAUAAGUCUUUUGUGUUCAUGGUGUAGAAAGAAGAAUUUUCACAUAUUACUGAAGGAAAAACGAACAAUUCACACAGGAUGAUUCACAGAUUAAUGAAGCUGAGUUUGUCGAAGCUUAAAGAAUUCAACAAAUACAGAUAACAAAGCUUUGGUAGAAUCAAAUGACCCAGAACCAAGCAAUGACAGAUCCAGAGGCCAAACCAACAACCAAGAACAUCACAGUGACGAUUCCUGCAGUCUCCGAGUGUCUCAGUGGAACCGAUUUUGGAGCCAGAAUCAUCAAGACGCUUGUCAAGUACCCGUUGGUAAGUCCCAAUAAGCAUGUCAGUAUAGUUACAGGAAUCUCAGUCCUGAGAAACAUCGGACCGUGCAAGCAACCCCAGAAGAGAGGGUAAAACAAGAGCCUAGCAAUGGAACCACCAACAGCGAUUUUCUCAUCCUCCAGCAUGAAUACAGCAGUCAGACACUUACCAACCAAGUCAAACACAUUGUACGCUGCAAUAAGCAGAAUAGGGUACCAAUCUGUAAGAAGCUCUGAAUGAACAUCCUCAGUAAUG